CGCAGACCGUCCGCGCCAGUUCCAGUUCCAGCUCCAGCUCCAGCUCUUAAGCCCGGCCGGCCCCCGACGUUGGCGAAGCGCCAUGCCAUUGAUGUGAAGCGUAUGCGACCUCGCCCUCAGCCUUGUGCGAACAGCAUCGCCAACGGCAUCGCCAGCGCUCUUGUCCGGACCACGACUGCCACCGCCCGCCGCCGCCGGUACCCUGUGGUGUGGCAGGCCGCGGUCAGGCCGCAAUCGCAAUUGACUGCAGCGCCGACCCUGGCGCGACAAUAUUAUGAGCUGAGCCCCAACUCGCCUGUUUCUGUGUCCGCGUUUCCUGGCCCUUCUGGUGGUGUAUCCGAUACCACCGCCACCACGCCCGACGCUAUGCCCAGCAACAAAAACAAGCGGCCGGCCCCGAGCAGCGCUGCGACGCCAGGCGCCUCCAAGAAGAAGAAGAUGGAAAAUGUCCAGAAAUACUACGCCGUGCAAGCGGGCUUCGUCCCCGGGGUGUACUUGACGUACGCCGAGUGCCAGGCUCAGACGGCCGGAUUCAAGGGCGCUGUUUUCAAAUCCUUUCUUUCAAGAGAAGACGCCGACGCCUUUGCUGCUGGGAAAAAAGUUGCAGUGGCAGACGAGCCCGAUAAAUUCUAUGCGGUUGCUGUUGGCAAUCCGACGGGCAUCUUCACAGACUGGUCCGAAGCUCAAAAGGCCACCACGGGCGUCAAGGGCCCCAAGUACAAACGCUUCUCAACUCGAGCAGAAGCCGUGGCAUACAUCCGACAAUUUGGCAAUAGGGAGGCGAUAGAGGCAUUGGGAGAGAAGGUGGAGCCAGUGGAGAAGGUGGAGGUUGAAGAAAAGCUUUUCACAAUCCAAAAGUUCACUCCCAUCCUCAAGGACAGUGAGGCUGAUACGAAGCCGCGAGAGGAUAUUCUCGACAUAUACACCGAUGGAAGCAGCCUGGCCAACGGCCGAAAGGGUGCUCGUGCCGGACUGGGCGUUUAUUUUGGAGAGAAUGACCCUCGCAAUCUGGCUGAAAAAUUGCUUGGCGACAAGCAGACUAACCAGCGAGCAGAGCUCAUGGCUAUGCUGCGGGCUUUGGAAUCUGUGCCGGCCGCUCAGACUGUUCGCAUUUACAGCGACAGCCAGUACUCCAUCAAAUGUGUAACUGAGUGGCCCAUUGGAUGGAAUAAAAAGGGUUGGAAAACAGCCAGCGGUGAGGAUGUUAAGAACCAUGAGAUCAUACGGCCUAUCCUUAAAAAGAUGGAUGAACGAACCAAGGCUGGAGGCAAUACCUACUUCCAGUGGGUAAAGGGCCAUGCCGCGAAUCCUGGCAACAUUGCCGCAGAUCGGCUGGCCGUCAUGGGCGCGAACCUUCCAUGAUACGGCGUGAUGAGCGCAUACCGACACUGCGGUUCUUUCGCCAUGGAUGGAGAUGAUGGAGAUGUGUGUGUUAAGCAACGGGUGCUUUGUCUACCUAUUGACGGGCGCAGCUACAAUACAUGGCCUACGAGGAAGAGAGAUGGAUGAUCUGCGGCGAGAAAUAAAAAGCAUACCAUGGAGUUGGGCAUGGGAUAAUAAUGAUUGUAACGGCAACUGGAUGGAGCCCUGGAUAGGAGUUUAACAUUUACAUAUCUUUUUUUUUUUUUUUCAAAGGAUGGUAAUUGAUACCUCGAGGCUUGUAUUUGGUAGAUAAUACUGGCUUAUUCGGCAGUAGAUUGAGCAGCCUCUCCUAUCCAUACAUAUACCCAAGCAAUUGUGUCUAUUACAUAGGUAGCAAAGAGACUGGAUGAAGUCUCGAUUAUUUUGAACAAGUUUCCUCUUUCCUCCGCAUCGAUCCGCCUUUGCGCAAAUUUCCGGCGAGGUGCUGCACUCUCGGACCCGAUCUUUCUAGGUACUAUAGUAAAUAGUAGAAGAAGAAAAAAACCUCGAAUCCUUGGCCGACCAGCCCCCAAUAUGCGCUGUUCCAUGUGGGGUGGCUUCUUCGCUCACCGGUUGACGCCACUUACCGGGAUUCCUGAAGCGGGAUGCAAGCUUGGCAAGCCGCUGACCGUUUCUUUUUUUUUUCUUUUUUUACAUUGUCGCGAAACUUGUUUGAUGCAAGUUUGCGCUGCUUGCAUGCAGUCAAGAGGCCGAUUGGAUAAUUUUGCCCUACAAAUUACUACUUGACUCCCGCUAUCUUCUCCCAAUUAGGUACUCUGGUGACAUUGCCGCCCGUUCGUCCUCUUGAGUCAUUCGGUCAGACAACACGCCUUCGAAGAGAGAGAGAGAGGCCCUUGAAAGAAUGAUCUCUGCUAUCGUCGCCACUGCAGUAACUCGAUUCUCGCGUUGCUAACAUUCAGCUGAGGCGCUGUUGCCAUGGCUGAUAACAUCUGGGCUGUGCCGCUGGCGCUGUCGAAUUUCAAUAUCGUGGUUGCUGUUUUGGGGGGGUUUAUAUCGCUGUUUGGGCUGGUGUCGUAUCUGUUGAAGGAGAAUUACUAUCUGUCUGAAGCUCUCAUCUCCCUCCUAAUUGGCGUUGCCUUUGGCCCGCAUGGGGCCAAUUUCAUUCGGCCGGAUAGCUAUGCUGGAUGCAGCACGUCCGCAAUCAGCGAUGCCGACUGUAUCGAUUCGCGGCUGGGCAUCAUCACGCUCAAUUUCUCGCGGCUGGUCCUCGGCGUCCAGCUAGUCAUUGCGGGCGUCCAGCUGCCGAGCAAAUACCUUUGGAGGGAGCGCAAGUCUCUCAUGCUGCUGCUCGGCCCUGGCAUGACCUUGAUGUGGCUCACUACGAGCUUUCUGGUCUGGGCGCUUGCCGGGAUGCCAAACUUCUUGCAUGCCCUGGCCGUGGGUGCUUGCGUCACGCCCACGGAUCCUGUAUUGUCUGCUGUUAUUGUCAAGGGAAAGUUUGCUGACAACAACAUCCCCAAGGAACUGCAGAAUCUCAUUGUUGCCGAAUCUGGCGCCAAUGACGGAUUAGGCUAUCCCUUCCUCUUCUUUGCCUUGUAUCUGAUCAAGUUUGUCGGCUCCGGUGCUACGUCUGGAGGAGCUGGAGAUGCCAUGGGCCUCUGGUUUGCAUAUACUUGGGCUUACACCAUCAUCCUGAGCGUCAUCUACGGCGCCGUUGUGGGAUGGGUGGGCAAGGAGCUGCUUCGUUGGGCUAUGAAACGCAAUUACGUCGACCGAGAGAGCUUUCUUGUCUCUGCCAUAUCCCUGGCGCUGUUUGUGCUCGGCACAUGCGGGUUGAUCGGCACCGACGACGUUUUGGCCUGCUUCGUUGCUGGAAAUGCAUUCACCUGGGAUGAUUGGUUCCGUCUUGAAACGCUGGACGACUCAUUGCAGCCUACGGUUGACAUGCUUCUCAAUGUGUCCAUCUUUCUGUGGUACGGAGCUUACUUACCAUGGACCGAGUUCCGCCACAACACUCUCAUCCCCAUCUAUAAGCUCGUGCCGCUUGGUAUUCUCGUGCUGCUUGUGAGACGGCUGCCCUGGAUAUUUGGCCUGCACAGAUGGGUUCAUCAAAUCACGGGGACGCACCAGGCUCUCUUUGUUGGGUUCUUUGGCCCCAUCGGCGUAUCGGCAGUAUUCUACCUUUUCAUCACCUUGGAAUUCAUCGAAAAUUUCUUGAGUGAUGAAGAGGGGAACCCGAGAAGCGACGUCAAAGACUUGGGCGAAAUGGUGAAACUUGUAGUUUGGUUCCUCACCGUUUGCAGCGUGGUGGUCCAUGGGCUGAGCAUCCCCCUAGGUAAAAUAGGGUACCUCAUGCCUCGGACAAUCUCUCGAGUUUUGAGCGAAAACAUCAGCAACAGCGGUGAAGACUCUCGUGUAAUUUCACGCAUCUCUACCAUGUCUAGGUGGUUCUCCAGUGGGAAAGCAGACCCCGAGGCCAUCGCCAAAGCGAGCAUUGGUGGGCAGCCUCUAAGCAAUGCAAGUGUAUCUGGGCCCUCGGAGCCUCACCCCAUGCUUCAUCCCGUACCUCCUCGGCUCCAUACUGUUGAUGAAGACAGCACGUCGCAGGAGGACGCGAUGCCCGCCCGACGACGUGAGAUCCGAUUCUACGACGAGCCGGAACCUAGGCCAGCUGAUAUGGUGGCUUCGUCCUCCGAAGCUCCAUUGUAUACAGUGCCACAGGCCUCGCCGCCAGGGAUUGAGGUUCCUGAGUCCAAGGCUGUUGAUACUCGGCUAAUGGAGCUUGGCACUUUUCCGUCACAAUCCCAUCCACAUUCGGAGUAAUAUUCUUUUGCGGUCAAGCUUUUUAGCUAUUGAAUAUAAUUAUCAAUAGCUGAGUUUGACCAGGUUGAAUAAAUGUUGGAUGAAUUGUCUACUUUGCAAAGAAUUAUUGACUUGAAGAUAGAUAGAUAAGUAGAAAGAGAGAGAGAUCAUACCUACAUGUAUAUGUGUCUAUAUCCACACACGCGCACAUGAUUAUCUGUAGUUGUAUUUUUCUGAAACAUC